UCUUUCCUGGUUCAAAAUUUCUCUUGCCAUGGUAAUGAUUCUUCUACCAAUUGCCACAAGAGGAGAUGAUCCUUUGACUCCUAUUUUGAACGAUAUAUGUAAAGAAGUGGAGUGUGGGAAAGGAACUUGCCAAGCAUCUCUAGGCUACCCAUUCAACUUCAAAUGCAUUUGCGACAAUGGUUGGAAGCGAACACGUUUAGAUAAUGAAGAAACUUUAGAGUUUCUACCUUGUGUAAUUCCAAAUUGCUCUCUUGACUAUUCUUGCAUGCCAGCUCCAGCUCCUCUUCCAUCAAUUCCAUACAAUAAAUCUUUCUUCGACCCCUGCUACUGGAUUUACUGCGGUGGAGGAACAUGCAUAAAGGAUGCAACAUAUACACACAAAUGUCAGUGCAAUAGUGGUUACUCUAAUCUCAACGACAUCUCAGUUUUUCCAUGCUUUAAUCAAUGUGCCGUUGGGUCCGAUUGUUCAAGGCUGGGAGUUAAGCUUUCAUCAUCAACUUCAUCUCGAAAUAAUGAUGACAGCCCUGCUACAUCAAUUUUACCAUGGAAGUUUCAAUGGAUGGGAAUCUUGCUGAUAUCUGGUGCUAUACUACUCUGGAAAUAGGAAUUUCAAUAGUGUGUUGCCUCAGUUUGGCAUCACUUUACCAGUUAUGUAUACACAUAAUUGCUUGAUAUUGAUUGCGAUGUACUUAUUUAAUUAUUUGCACAAAGGAUUGAUUUUGCAUUCAUAGAAUAAACACGAGGAAGAGGAUUAUAGCUACUAGAAUAGCCUCAUAUAUAGUAGCAAGCAGCACCUUCUAUUAACAUCUUUCUUGUGUAAAAGAACAUACUGUUAUUGCAGAUAUUGAUUUUG